AUGACGUCAACCGAAAGCUCAAACUUACCAAGAAAAAGUGAGACACAUUUUUAUUCAGAUGGAGAUGUUGAAUUAGUAGCGGAAAAGAUAACAUUCAGAGUGCAUAGGAAUAUCUUGGAAUUAUCAUCACAAUUCUUUAAGGAGAUGUUCAUGUCGGCAAAACCAUCUGCCGAGGAUUUGGUGGUAAUAUCAAGUACCGGAAAAACGAUUCCAAGAAUUGACUUGAGAGACGAUUCAGCACAAGAUUUCGAAAAAUUACUUUCAUUCCUUUAUCCAAAUACCUUUUAUGAAAUCGGCUGGGACAACGUCUCGAGCCUAUUGAGAUUGGCUGAUAAAUAUAUUGUCGAAUCUCUGACGUCUGCUUGUGUAGCCUUCCUCAAACGAUCCUAUCAGGAAGAGCCAUUGCAAGCAUUGAAAUUAGCCGAAUUCUAUCAUAUCUCCUCGGUGUAUAAGGAAUCCUCGAAAUUGGUUUUGGAUAAUUUCGAACAACUUUUCUACGAGCCAAAAAAUCUUCAGGGACUGUCUCGCACCACUCAGAAGAAGCUAAAGUUACAAAGACAACAGUAUGUCGAGGGAUUAAAUAAAUUGUAUUGCGUCACGGUGGAUAGAAGAUUUCCUCCAUUGACAGCCGAACACUUGAGAUCGAAUUUCGAAGAGUGCGUCAAGGACAUUUGUACUUUUCCUUUUCAACCGCCAUCAUAUGCUUGGAUGAAACUACACCAGGUCGAUUGUUCCAAGCAUUUUGAAUGUCGAGAGGAAUUGAGGAGGUUGAAACCAUUCAUUAAUGAAAAGAUAUCAACAUUUUUCGGCGGUGAAUACGAACCUUUGGCUUGCUCCCGUAAUCCUUCGUCCGCAUCUACGCCCGAAAAUUUUUAUCCGUUUAUUGAACUGCGAGAUGAUUGA